AUGGAAAACAUAAAUAACGAAAUACAAACACAAUUUAACGAAUAUGUAGAGGGAGAGAAAGAGAGUAAUGGUAGCGAUUUGUUAUCUCCUAAUGGAGAAGCAGUAUUAAAAAACAGUUUUUGUUGUUCCGGAGGAUGGGCUACCAAUUUACCCCCGCAGUGUGGUUGUUAUUUAUUCACUAAUCAACAAGGAGAAAUUAUUUAUAUUGGUAAAGCCCGUAAUCUGAAAAAUCGGAUUAGUAGUUAUUGGCAAAAGACCCCAGUCAGUGAUUAUUUUCGGCAGCAAAUUUGGGACUUCAAUAUUAUUUUAACCCAGAAUGUUAAGGAAGCAUUAAUUUUAGAGCAAAAUCUUAUUAAAAAGCAUCAGCCCCGUUUUAAUGUUUUGCUAAAAGAUAGCAAUUAUUAUCCUUACCUUGAAAUUACAGCCGAGAAAAAUCCUCGCUAUAAAGUGGUGCGGAAAAUUGACCCGCAAAAAAAAAGUUCGUAUUUUGGUCCUUUUCCGGACGGCAGCAAGGCUCGCGAGAUACUACAAUUACUAGAAAGAUUGUUUCCUUUGGCUAAAUGUAAAGAUAAAUCCUACUACGAAAAAACGCGGAAACAAAUUAGCCAAUUUUUUCACGGUCAGACCCAGGAAAUUAAAAAAAAAAUCCUGGAUUCUUUGCGAAAAAAUAUUAAAGAUUUAGCCUUUGAAAUCGCUCAAAAAGAGAAAAAAAUCCUGGAUAAUAUUGAUUUUUUUACUAGCAAACAAAAUGUCGAAUUUCAACAAAAUAACGACUACGAUUUUCUGGGUAUUCAUUCAGAGGAAUUGCCGGCUAGUGCGGCUGUGGCGGGUUUUUUGGCGUUUACUAAUGGAGAAAGGGACUUGCGAAGAAGUAAAUUGUAUAAGUUGGACGGCACUGAUAAUGAUAGUGAUAUAGCCCGAAUUAAAAAAGCCGUCACUAUUCACUACCAAAAAUUUUCGGCAGAGAAAAUACCAAAUUUACUAGUAGUUGAUGGGGGGAAAGAGCAAGUAAAAGCGGCACAACAUGUUUUAAAAAGAUUAGAAUUGCCGGUGCUAGUAAUUGGAUUAGUUAAGAACGAAAAACACUGCACGACCAAAAUAAUUACUAGGGAAUUAACGGAAUUAGAUUUUGGUUCCCAGGAACGAAUUAGAAAUUUUUUUGCUAAUUGCCAAGAAGAAGUUCAUCGUUAUGCACUUAAUUUUCACCGCAAAUUACAUCGGCAGACGGGUGGUGAUUUUUUUGCGGAAUUCUUGGCGAUGGUUGGCAUCGAGAGCGUUGUCGGCUUCGUCGAAAAUAAAAAUUUCUUUGUCGACACUAGCAGUAAAGAGAUUAUUUAA